CUAGUUUUAUGAUACCUUUUCUUUCGAAGUAUUAUAUUUAUUGAUGUAUUGUUUUAUAUAAAAUCAAGCGUAGAGAAACUCUUCUGAGGUGACUAGAAACGCGCACCUGCGAAAUAUGAGAGCCUUUUUGAGAGGUCACGAUGGAAGUGACCAUCAAGUUUUGCCCAAGCUAACGACCGUGGGUUGUGAUGGAUGUGAUGUAUUAAUAAAGACUGGUGGUGUAGAUAUGCAACAUGCAGUUAUUGAAUACAAUGAUCAGGAAAACGUAUAUGUAUUAAAAGAUUUGAAUACUGCACAAGGCACAUAUGUUAAUGACUGUCGCAUUCAAAAUGCUGCAAUAAGACUAGCCCCAGGAGACCAGAUAAAAUUUGGAUACAUGGGGACAUUAUAUGAAUUUGUAGUUGAUAGUCAACAAAAUGUCUCCUGUCCACCAGUUCACACUCAGCAAACCUGGAAUCAGCCAUUGACAUUGCUCCAAGAGGUGACCAAUGAACAAUCCAUGCUAGGUCAACCCCAGCAAAUGUCCUACACAGCACAACAAGGACAGAUUUUUAACACUACUUCAACACUGCCAUUCCUACAAACUGGAACUGCCACAUUUACAAUUCCUUCCACUGUGUGGACCCCCUCAGACCGCAAUACUUUACCCCGUCCCCCAAUUUCCAUGAGAGGAAGACCAUUAAGUGCUGGGUCAGCUCGCAGAGUUCAGACAGUGGGAGGGACCCCAGUUCCUUCACCUGCUCCAUCAAUGCCACAAAGUGUAAGAAAUGGUUGGGUAAAUGCCAAUUCUGGAAGACAACAAGUGAAUCAGAAUGUAGACAUCAGCAAGAUCCAAGAAAAGGAACAAAAAAUAAUGCAGCUCAAUGGAGAAGUAGGAAGACUAAGAGAAGUAGAAAUGGAAUCCUUCCGUAAAGACGCCUAUAUCCAAACACUACAGCAGAUGGUGCAUGAUUUGAAAUCCAAGUUUGCCGAGCAGCAGCCCCUGAUAAUGGGACAGGAUGUUAAUCUGACACAGAAGAUUUGUCAGUUAGAGAAUGAAGUCACUACUAAAGAACAGGAACUGAAUGCAGUCAAAGAACAGCUGAGUAGCUUACAGUUUCAACAGCAGCCAUCAUCAACAACAGUAUUGGAGACAGAUAAUAAAGAGACCAAUCAAAUGAAGAUUGAGUUAGAGAGAGCCAAGAAAGAAAGAAACAUCACCUCUGGCCUCGUUACACAAAUGCAGAAAGAUAUGGCUAACAAGGAUACCACUAUUAGUAAACUCACACGUGAGAUUGAGAUGUUGAGGAAGGAAGUUCGGGAACGAGACAUACAAAUUUCUUCUGUUUCCAAUAAGCUUUCGAAGUCUAAAGAAACUCCACUGAAAUCCACAGAAGAUAGAGAUGCUCGUGAGAAGGAACUUAUUAGCCUUCGACAGAAAUUCAAAACUGCAGAAAACAAAAUGCAGGAACAGCAAGAGUUAAUUAACACACUGAAACAAGAAUUAGAAAAAUCAAAAGUCAGUAUCUUUGAUGAGAAAAGCCAGCAGAAGAAACUUGAGACUCAGAUUGACCAGCUUAAGUCCGAGCUGUCUGACGUCCAGCGGACAGAGCGAGUGGUCAGAAUUGACCUGGAGCAGGCCACCAAAAGGCUGGAGAGAUUCAGAAACAGAGUUGUUCAGGCCGCCUACUCAUCAGGGUCAGCUAAGGCUCCAGAAGGGGAGAUAACUGAUGAUCAGCUGGUGGAGACCUUGAAGAAGUUGGUGGAGGAAAGAACAGAGUUUGAUGCCAAGGUCAAAGAAAUGGAAAAACAGCUAAAACUCACUGACAGUAGCAGCAAUGUGUUUAAACGCAACAUCACCAAACUACGUACAGAUCUGGAAAAAUCAAUUGAAAAUUUAAAGACAAAUGGAUUCCUGGUGACUAGCCUGAAGCAUGAAAUGGACUUGUUACAGUCAGUGACAGGAGAUGAAUCUAUUUUGUGGAUGAGAGACUGCCUUCUUCAGCUUCUGACCCAUGUCUCAGCAUGGGAGAAGGAUAUAGAGACAUCUCUACAGACAUGUGGCAUCAACAUCAACCUCUCUAACGAUGGUCCAGGAAAGCAUAUUGUAAGCUUGCAUUCUAAGUUAGAAGUUGUACAGAAAGAAAAAGAGAAUUUAGCAGCUAAGUUGGCAAACACAGAACAACAGUUUAAGUCAGAGCUGGAGAUGAAGAUUCAGGUCAUGAAGGAGGAAAAUGAGAAUAUAGUGAAGGAUGCAAUAGAGAAAACCAGGGCAGAGGGUGAGGAGAAAUUAAACAAGGCAAUAGAAGAAUUGAAGUUUGUAGAGGCAGAGAAGAGAGAGAAUGCAAUAGCUGGUGAACAGAAGAAAAUAGAGGAACUGCAGGCAACAAUUGAACAACUUAGAGAGAGUCUUCAGGAGAAACAGAGAGAAUUUGAGGAGAGGUUACAAGAAGCAACUACAACCAUCCAACAAAUCGAUGAAUACAAAGCAGUACAGCUUGAAUUGGAGGCCAAGAUACAGGCCUUAGAGACAGAAAAACUGGAGCUCAAUGCCCAACUCUCUACAGAGGCCCAAGACAGGGAUAAAAAGUAUGAACAGGACAUUGAGGCCUUCAAGGAGCAAAACAAGCAGCAUUCAGUCACCAUCUGUGCAAUGGAAGAAAGGUUGAUCAAGCUGAUGAAAAAGAACAAAGAUUAUCAGGAAGAAAUCACAGUCCUGAAGAAAACUAUUCAAGAAAUGAAGGCAGAGAUGAUACAAUUAAAGGAUAAGGCAGCAGUUGCAGCCCAAACCAAACCAGUGCCUCCUCCCAAGCCAAAGGUCAUUGUACAGAAACCCUCCGAGGACUAUGUAGCAAUGGAGCAACUUGUAGUGGUGUUGAGGAAGGAGAAUAGUGAUUUGAAGAACACAAUUCAGAGUCGAGACGAUGUGAUUUUGGGUCUGAGGAGGGAUCUUGCUGGAGCUCAUGCCAGACUCUCUGAUAUUACAGGUGAACUGAGUGAAAACCAGAAACAAGAGAUGGAGAAAUAUAAGGAGAAGUUAACACAGAGGGAGAGAGAGAUAGAGGGAUUAAGACAGCAGAUGGCCAAGUUAUCUAAAAUCAUCGACAAACAGAAGGACGAAAUCAAGACAUUACAGAAACAACUCAGUGAGGAGAAGGCCAUUGCCAUCAAAUUCCAAUCCAACAUGGAUGAGAAGAACAGAAGAAUCAAAGAACUGGAAUUAGAUGUGGAACGAGAGAGAUUAGAGCAGAAGAAACAACUGGAUAUCCUUGAUCAGGAGGGCAGGAUAACCUCUGAGCUAACAGCCCUUGGGGCUCAAUGCCGAGGGGAGAGGCAUGAACAGGUCAUUGCUCGACAGAGAGAGGCGUUGGCUGAACUCAGACACAGGUGUAAAAACCUAGAACAAGCCAAACCACCUUUGCCAACCCAGGAUCAAGCCCUACAGCAAGUGAUUAUGCUGAAGAAAGAGCUCGCCGAGAUCAAAGCCAAUCAGGCACUCUCAGAAAAUAGCGAGCUGUCCUCUGGGCUUGAGAGGGAAGUCUCCAGAGCGAGGGGGAUGCUAGGAUCUGUCAACGCCGAGGCAGAUAUGGAGAGGAGUGCUCACAGGGAAACUAUGGAUGCCUUGGAUGCCAGUGAGAGCUCAUAUAUAACAUUACUGAGGGCAAUGGCCAGUUGUCUAGAGAUGGAGUCAGUUGAUGGACUUCGUCCUAUUGGUCACAUUCCUAAAGAUGAGCGAGACAGACUAUUGGUGGAGAGAGAGAACACCUGUCAGAUUCUAGCCAAUAGAAUCAAAGUCUUACAGGAGAGAAUUGCCAGGAAGGAGGAGCUACUGCAGGGAUAUGAGAGAGAUUUGGCAAAACUGAGACAAGCCCAGGAACUAGCCAACAGAAACUCCAAACAAGUGGAUAAUCUAGCAAAUGAUGUUAAGAGUAGAACAGAAGAAACUCAGUAUCUGAGGGAGUCAUUGAGUCGGACUCGAGAUCGACUCGACCAGGAGAAACGACUCAAUAAAGCAAUUAAACAACGCAAGACUUUCCAUUUGGAGAACGAGAGAAUUCACCAGCAACAAGUCCCAGCUUCUCACCACUGUAAAGAGGAAGAUAUUUUUGGAAAGAAUUCAGCUCGAAGGAAAGCAACUAAGGAAGCACUGAAAAGGAGGAAUUAUGAAAUUAACACACUGAAGAAAGAACUGUGCAGCAAGGAGCAGGCAUUGUACGACACUGAAAACAGACUGUAUACACUAGAACACAGUAUAGGACUGGAGGGUAAACGGGAACAAGAGAUAAUUGAGUCUUAGUGUUUAACAAUUUGAUACAAUAUUGGCAAUUACUCCAGAUGUGCAUUUAAAGUUUGAGACUAGACAUAGAUUCCUUUAUAUAGUGCUAUACUAUUUGUACUACUGGUACAUGCUUUUUAUAGUGAGGUAAACCAUUUGAUGGUAUAAAAAUAAUAAAGGAAAAUGUAUUUUAUACUUUAAUGAGCUAAUAGGGAAAUUCAUAGCAUAAAAUCUUUAUAUCUAAUAGAAUGUAUAAAUGUGUUUCUGAUAGAGAAUGAACGAAG